AUGGCCACGCAGUAUGAGCUAUACCGGCGGUCGUCACUCGGACUCGCCCUGACCGACACCUUAGACGACUUGAUCCAGGAAGGGCAUUUGGACCCGCAGGUUGCUAUUAAGGUGCUGCAGCAGUUUGACGUAACCAUAGGAGAAGCUCUGCAUUCAAAAGUCCGGGCGAAGACACAUAUAAAGGGCCAUCUCCGCGAAUACCGUUUUUGCGACGACGUCUGGACGUUCGUGGUGGACCGGCCGACCUUCAAACUCGAUGGUGGAGAUAUCUUGGAGGCGGAACGGGUGAAAUUCGUGGCAUGCUCUGCGCGCGGCCCUGGGACCGCACCGAGUAGUCAGGCAUAG